GGGGGGCACAGUCUGCUGCUGGAGGAGCGAACCUGGCAACCAGGCGGACGGGCAAUCUGGCAAUGCGGAAAUAGAUCUGGCACCCCGAGCCCGCACUGAGGAGGAGAGGCGUGACAGAGCGCGAGCAGAGAAGAGAGGAGGACACAGAUAACAAACACUAUACUUUUCGCGAAGCUGUUUUUUUUCCAUUGAAGUGUCCAGGUGUUUACCUGCACCAAUUGCGUUUUUUUGUCCCUGUUUUUCUCCUUUUAUUUGAGAUACAAAAAGAAGAAGAAAAAGUGCGUUUUUUUUAAUCGUUUGGAUUCCGUACAUCUUUCCUGACUUUUUUAUUUUUAUUCUUUUUUUUUCUUUUUUUUUUACAUCAAACAUGGAUGUGUUGGCGAAUUACAGUAUUUUCCAGGAACUUCAACUCGUCCACGACACUGGUUAUUUCUCCGCGAUGCCAUCCCUUGAGGAGAACUGGCAGCAGACGUGUCUCGAGUUGGAGAGGUACCUACAGACGGAGCCCAAACGACUCUCGGAGCUCUUUGACGAGGAGCUGGACUGCCUCCUGACGCCAGCUUUCAUGCAGGGUGGUGACAGCGACGAGGAUCUGAUGGAUCCCCUCCUCCCAGGCCUCCCAGACCAGCCCAGCCCGCCUCCGCUGCUCGUCACGCUCCCCAAGGUCCAGACCAAACUCCUCCAGGUCUCCAGCCCCACGAAGAACCACGCAGUAGCCGGGGUGGAGGCCGUCACCACCAAGGAGCAGGCCCUCGGAGGCGUAAGCGCCGUGCAGCUCAGCGCCGCCGUCACAUCCCUAACGCCGCCGUCGUCGCCGGAGCUCGGGCGCCACCUCGUCAAGCCCGCACAGACACUCACCGCCAACGCCGACGGGACAUUAACACUCAAGCUGGUGGCCAAGAAGGUGGGAUUAGGAGCGGCCAAGUUGGUGGCAGCAGAGGCGCUGCCCUCCCCACCAAGCCAAGGGGGAGCCCUCAGCGACAGCGAGCAGGGGGGCAGCCUGGGAGGAGAUGUACCCGAGAACAAGAAGAGAGUCCACCGGUGCCAGUUUAACGGCUGCAGGAAGGUUUACACCAAGAGCUCCCACCUGAAGGCGCAUCAGAGGACUCACACAGGUGAGAAGCCCUAUAAGUGCUCAUGGGAGGGCUGCGAAUGGCGCUUUGCCCGGAGUGACGAGUUGACGCGACACUACCGCAAACACACCGGAGCUAAACCAUUUAAGUGCAACCACUGCGACAGGUGCUUCUCCCGGUCGGACCACCUGGCCCUGCACAUGAAACGGCACAUUUGAGAGCAAAACGAGCAGGCGAUGGAUGGAGAGGAGGAGCAAAGGAAGAAGAGGAGGAGCGAGAGAGGAACGCGCAGGCUAGCUGCCUUCCACCCGCCCCGUUCGUCCUGUCCAGCUUUUACGAACAGGAUGGAAACGAGGAGCAGCUAGAUUGUUGUUUUUCUUUAAAUCUUCACUUUCAAGUUUUUCGCACAUGGAUUUCUGAUCGCAUCAUCCCGGUGAACCCCGGCAGCUGUCACGCCGCUCUGGGGACUUGGACACUGCCAAACCACACACACCCUACUCACACUCCGCCGCCUUAUUUCUGUCUCUUUAUCCAUUGUGUUUACAUGAUUGAGUCACUUUUUUGAGGAGGUAGUUCAGUGAAGAAAUACUCAUAGCUGUUCGUGUUUUACCGAUAUUCAACCCGUUUUUAUUGCUUUUUCGAACAUAAGAAACCAUCAUCUGCCGCAGUCAGAUUCUGAAAUCAACGUGAAGAAAAACAACAAUGCCUAUUCUGUGGGAGAGACUACAUGGACUGGCUCAUAGCAUGGCUGACAAUCGGACCCAGGGCCCGGGAGUGGGGGGUGUUUUUCGGAGCGCCCUUGGGACCUCGGUCGGCAAAAGCUGCUGCAGCUCUCAGGCUCUCCUCCAGGGGGCGUUUGCAUCUCUCACCUUCACCGAGACGCCUGGCGCCUCCGCAGGCCAUCUGACAGAAAUGCGCAGCGACACUUUCUUCCCUUUUUUUAUCUACUUAGAGGAUGUUAAUUCUUCAUAAUGUUCUUAUUAAAAAACAAUGACACUUUGCUCUUUUUUCUCUUGGAGAAAAUGUCUUAAAACUCACUGGGUUUGAGAGAAAAACACAAAAAAAAAACAACUCAAGAAUCUACGAUGAUUUCAGCAGAAUGUGUGGGAAGAGAAGAACUCAAAUCCCGAGGAAACUCACUCUGCCCCUGCAGCCCGCAACAAAUCAGUGGAUGGAGUUUGAUUUGGACUCAAAACAAAAAGCAGAGACGUCUUGGUUUCUUUGGUUCUGUUUGUCCUGCAGCUGAAAUCUUGGGAUGACCUUUUCCAGUUUAGCUCUCCACCAGGAGAAGUAUCCAGCUAAAACUGGCAGUUUUUUUGUUUAAGUCCUUUUCUUUUCAAAGAAUGUUCUGAAAGUCACUCCUGUGAGCUUUCAGACUCAUCUCCACGGCAACACCACAGAGCAAGAGCGAAGGAGGAAAAAAGCUGCUUUUUGGUUCAUCACAUCGGACUCCAGACGUCAACCAACUUAUGCCUGUUGGUUCUGAACAAACCAGGUCACCAAGGCCUGUCAUUUGCCUGUUUCCUAUUCGUUGACUGCACUGACUUUAUUUCCAAUGUUACCUGUGCUUUUUCUGCUUUAUUUUUGACAGCAACAAAAAAGGAAAAAAAGGAACAUGAAAAAAAAAAUCAUAUAAGAUUUUUUUAAAGUCAUACAAAAAAAUAUCUAUCUCACUUUAACACACUCAAAGCAAGCACAUGGACUCCGAUAACACCCGCUGCAGUUCCUGUGGCUUCUUCCAAGAGAAAAAAAAUAGGAUCAGUAAUAAACCUACCAACGGGGUUAAAAGAUACAAAACACGACAUGGCAGACGUCACGGCAAACACACACACACUCACACACUCUCCAGCUCAUGAACAAACACCCCAGGAAUAAAACACUCUGCUCCAGAAUCGUUUUCACAGUAGAUGCAGAAAGUGUUGUUUAGUGGAAGAGAACCUUUGCUCUUGGCUGAAGGUUCAAGACGCUUCUCCAAAUGUUUGGAUGGCAGAAAUCGGCCUCUUCUCAACUCACGCAGAACUUCUGCGCCUCAUUGGAAGCACUUCAGAGUCUGUGAUUAUGUUUUGCUACAGCGGAGUGCACCAGUUUGGAAAAAUCAGGAAAAACUUCAUGUCAAGUCAAAUCAGAAACUUAAUGACCAGCCUGCAGUAAGAAUCUCAGUUUUUGAUUAAACAGUUAAUCUAAACAUGUUCAUUUUGCAUGUACCCCUAAAAAUUUGGUUUGGUUCUACUUCAUUUGAUAUACGUUUGGGUAUCUAAACGCGCUAGUUCUCUGAUCAUGUCUUAUAAGUGAAACUGGGGCAGCAGGUAAAUUAUGACUCAUGAAUCUUUAAGACAUUUGGGAAUCAGCUGAUUUUAAAUAUAAUAGGUACAUAAUCCUGGUUAACUGUUUUUUGAAUUUUUUGUAGCUUUAAAAAAAAACAAAUGAUUUUAAAAUCUUCGCUAGCCACAGAUGUAGUGUUCCCUGCGCAUCUGACGUUGGUGUGACUUUUCUCUGACUUCAUGAUCAGAAAAAAGUCUUGCAAACAUCCUUUUUUUUAUUAUGCUAGCAAAUCCCUGCUAGAAUUUAACUAAUUACAUCCCAGGCUAUGUCCAUAUUCCCGAACAACUAAAAACUAUAUAGUGCAGGACGAUCUGGUACACUAGAUUUUAGUAGGCAAAAAUAUGUUUUAGCUACAGCUGGAAUCCAACCACUGACUGGAAGAGUAAACAUGGAGGCUAACCCAUAAUCAAAGUCUGUUUUCUUUGCUCAAUAUUUAAAAUAGACGGCUGUUGCCAUCAAAGCAUUAAACCCCCAAAGCUCCGCCUCUGCUCAUCAUCAUUAAAAUGCCUCAGCACACAUGCCAACAGUUUUACGCUAACUGAUGCUGACUGCUGCAGAUUUCUAGAGCUGGUGGGGGGGUUUCACACCCACAUUCUGCCAGUUGGUCUUGCCAAACAUGAUCAGGUGAAAUAGCAAUGUUCCCCUCUGUGGGGGAGUGGGGGUGGGGGAUCGAUCAAUAUCAAAAAAACCUUCAGCCAUGGGCAGAGCCUCGUCUUCUGAUGAAGAACUUUCCAUCUAGCGGCAGUUUUCUCUGUUGCCUUUUAUCCAUCUUCUGGAUGUUAAAAAACCUGGCGAUAGGAAAACGAGGGUUUUAAUGUUGGUUUUCCUGGACUUUUCCAGCUUUUAUUUGUCAUUUUCGGAUGGCUUGGAUGAUGGAGUCCCUCUAAAUGGCUGAGGCUCUCCGCUAUAGAACAUACAAUCAUAGGUGAAUGAUGAUCAUGAGCACUUUCAGCCGGUUUUCACGUCAGGCACAAUGUGAGGGAAGCGGCCAUCCAGACCGUUUUGAGGGAGAACACGAUUGAUGCUAAACAAUUUUCAAGCUUGGUUUUAAUCCUGUUUUACUUUUUUAUCUUGUAUGUAUUUAUUUAUUUAUUUACCCCCCUCCUCCCUGAGAAUUUCAUUCAUUCGUUCAUGCAGAAAACAAAACUCCUUGAUCUCAGAGGCUGAGUUACAUUCAAAAGAUUCAAACAUUCAAACAACCACAGAAUCUGGCUUCCUCUGAUUUCAUCAAACUCUUCUCAGAAAAAGUUCCUAUUUGUUUGAGAGCCCAAUGAAGCUUUUUAUUUACUUCUCUGAUCCCAAAAAACUGUUUGUGGCGAUCAUCUUCAGUGCAGAAAUAAUAAUUAACAGUUUUCAUAAUUAGUCAAACCAUAAAUUACUUCAAACUGCAAUCUGACUUUUUCAAAGUUGCUUAAUAAAUGUGUUGAUUGAGGGGAAAAAAUCGAAAGAACAAAUGAUAAUGAACGUAGACGACAGGACUGCACGAUAAAAGAAAAACUCGCAAUGUGCGAAAUUAGUCAUCAAUAUUCCAAUGAAAAAUAAAUUUGCGAUAUAUUUACAAAUAGCAAAACAAAAAUAACUAAUAAAUCAUUUCCAUUUCACUGCAACAGUCAUUUAAAAGUUAAAUUAUACACCAAAUGAACCCUCGUCCACUUAGAAGGCGGGCAUCUAAAAUCAAAGGGCUCCGUCCUAUUGGUUAACCACAUGAAGGGGUCGAUCAAAUGCGUAAAUGGCUUCAUUUGAUUCGUUAAAUAUUUCAAGCCGGCAUGAGAGUGUUUUAGCAUGUCUGUUAAGAUUUAAGGAAACUAUUUAUCGCAAUUUACUCUCUUGCAAUACAGGGGUCGAGCGGGCCUAGUUAAGUAUUCCCUAAAUACUUCUGAGUAAAACAGAAGAACUACAUUCAACUGUAACACAAAGCAGUUACAACCUGAACAGAAAUCCACCCUGACAUUAAUGUCACUUCAGAUACAAAUUCAUUUUCAGUUUUCGUCGUAUUAGUUUAAGUCUGUUGGAGAAAGUUUUCUGUAGCCUUGGGUUCUUUAUUUUUUCCCCCAGGUUCCUCCAAGCUGCAACCCUGCAGCUCCUCUCGGCACAGAUACCUUUGGGUAAUCCUUUAGCACUGCGGUUGCACCGAGAUAGCUCAAAGUCAGAGGAAAACACAGAAACACCUUUACCAGAAAUCUUAUCCUACCCCAUACAUUUAACGUUUUGCAAGUAAGACUAAUAAAAAAAUAAUCAGGAACACACAUACAUGUUCAAAUUAGACCUUUUUUUUUUGUAUUUCAUGGCUUAAAAACUAAACAAAUGACCUUUUCUUGUGCAAAGUCCCAACAAAGAUUUUAUCCCCGUCCAUCAAGCGUUCCUCUUCUUUCCAUUUCCUCCAUGGUCAUCCCCCAUCUCCGCCCACAGCAGUGAUCCCUGCUCUGUCAGGAACGCUGAAUGCACACUUAACACAUUUUCCCAAAGAUUUGCAAAGUUACUGUUGUGAAUGUAGUUCAACCAUCAGAAAUGGAGCGCGCAGGUAAAGCAUGAUGGGUAGGAGCUGGAAACUGAAGGGAUUGUUUAAAUCUUGAUGGCAGACGUGCUCUCCAUGCAUCACAGCAUUCUCAGGCUGCUGUCAGCUGGAGCCAAACUAAUUGCUCUGUAAAUGUAAAAAACAAAAAAUUGCUUUCUUGGUCUUAUGGGUCACCCAGUGUCAUGGCUCUAGCAGCAAAACAAGAGCAAAGUAGCUUUAGUUGAAGUUAGCCUCUUAGCAUUGGGAGAGUCUCAUUUCAGAGUCACAGGCGGACUGUAACUCUUUAUAAAAUAUCAAUCUGCUGUGGUACAUAAAUGUUAACUCAGCAAUAUUUGUCCAAAUUCCCUCCCUACUCCCUAACAGCUAAAAGUCUGUAUAGUGCGGGACUAUCCAGUUCUCUGGAUUUUUAUGUCAAUUGGACACCUUGCUCACUCCUUUUUCUUUUAAAUGACAUAAAACCAAAUUUUAUGAAGACUAUGUAUGAAUGAUGAUAUUACAAAUCGUUAAAUCGCAAUGCAUUGUGGUUUAUAUUUGCCAAUCUAGUGAGCAUCCAUAAACACAAGCUGGGGACCUGGAUUUUGCAAUUGUAGAUUUGGACACGCCGAAAUAUGGCAACCGUGCUAUUUAGAGCACUAAAUAGGGAAGGAAUUUGGACACAAGCAUCGAGUUGUUUUCACUGUGGCGAGUCAGUCGGACGCCAAAACGUGGUAAUAUUUGCAUCUUCUUAACUUAAAGUGCAGAAGAAAUAAAACUUCUACUCAAAGUUCCCUUGAAGGUUCAGGUGCAGUCCCAAAAGAAAUUGCCACUCCAAGUAUAUCACUUUACAACCUUUACAUCCGGCCCCUUUUAUUUUGUUGCAUCUCCUUUAUGAAAAUGUGGAAUCAUCGCUUUAACAGAUUUUUGAAUGUAACGCGUGUUUAACCAAGAGAAAAUUCUGUUUGCCAGAUUCAUAUACUUGCAAAACCACUUUUGUGAAGCGGGCUCCAGAAUCAGAGGACAAAAGUGAGGAGAGGUCAUCUUCGUUCUUGUUCCGAUUGCAGAAACUCCGGUAGAAAACGUUGCCACAUGAAGGUGUUUUCCGAAGGCCUCAGCUGUCCCACCGUAUGGUUCUGAAGCGACUAUAGCGCCCCUCCUGGCAGCUUUUGUAAAUAGCGUGUGAUCUUACAUGCAGACCUCUCUGUUUGAAACUUACCAUGUGUGGCAACAGCACAUUUCUGUAGAUCUGCUUUAGUUCUUGCAGCCAUUGCACUUAACGUGAUUAUACUUAGCUAUUGCACUCUUCACACUGCUAGCAUAGUCUGUUUAAGCACUCUGUCAAAUAUCCACUUAACAUUUUAUUUUUUACACGACUAGGAUGUACUUUGCCACCAAGAACCAUCGUCUACUAAUCCAGUUGGGUCAGACCAACCUGCCCCCCACCCUCCAGUGAAAUGCCUUUUUCAAUCACUGUUCCCCUGGGGGAGUGUCCUUUGCCAACACUCAGCCAGACUUGGUUAAACUUUCGUGGUAUCAACGGCAUCCCAGAAUGACUGUCGCUAACUACUGUGUUUGUUCAUGCUUGAUGUGUAGGUAUAUAACAAAUCCAAACAUCUAAGCUCCACGUAUCUGUAACGCUUCACUCCACACUCCGCACUAUAAACCCUCUUCACCCAAAACCCACAAUCGUCAAAGUCCUCUGGAGCCCAGCAUGCUCCGAAAUCCAACUCUUCUGACAAUUUCUUUCAUGAGCUCUGGGGUGUGGGCGCUCCCACAACUUCUUUGUUGAGAUUUCAGUAACUUUUUGAAAUCACCAGCUAAAUAUUCUCCUAUGGUACUUUUUUUUUUUUGUUUUUUUUUCCAUUUUCCAUUGAAGUCGGUCCUCAGUAAUUUCAAACUCUGGAAAGCCUCUCAGUAUGUGAAGAAAGGAUUGGUCUAAAAACGAAUUUUGUUAGUUUUAUUGUGGUUCCCUAAAAAUCUGGACGGGCUGCAUUUAGUCUGUCGUUUUUCAAUACUCGGUCUCAGCAAAUAAUUGAAGAUUGAAUUGGCUUCCAAAAUACCAGAACCAUACAGCGCUGUCCUUUGGGGCCAGAAUGUUGGAGUGCAGAAGUGAGAGGAAUAAUCCAAAAACUAAUACUCCAAACGAUAGUAGGCCAAAAGUAGUUGGCAGUCGAUUUUCCAUCACUUCUUAGCGAAUGAGGCUAACAACGAAACGCUAACCUUCUUCUUGACGUGACUGCUAAAUGCAAAUCGUUUUUUUUUUUUAAUUUGUCAUUAAGUUAACAGUAAGCAAGUUAGUAAAUAUCAUUUAAGAAUUGCUAUAUACACAGUCAUUAAAGUGCCAUAAAAUUAAGAAAAUAGCAUAUUGUGUUUGGAUCCAUUCCCCUUUGAGCUAAAUUUUAAAUCUUUACUUCACGAUUUGAUUGAAAUACUUCAUUCAAAUUCUGUCCCUGCAUCCCUGCCACUUAGAAUAAAAAUUAAGAUUGUAAAUGUUGCACAGCUGCAUCAUCCCUGCAGGUCAAAAAGAAACUGUUUUAAUCAGUUUUAGGCCAGAUGAAAGAAACGUACAAUCUAUUUAGCUUUCAUUUAUGUUAAAGGUGUUGAUAUCGUGCUUUGUUUUUUUAAAUUAAAAAAACAAAUAAAACAUCUCUAAUCAAGAGUCUGACCAACCAGACUCUUGAUUGCCAUCAUUAACAUUGUUUUAAACAGAUAAGAAGAUGCUAAUUUAUACAGUUUUUAGUAUUUUUUUUUUGGUUUUAUAAAUAAAUCACCUCAUACUUACACGCUGUAAUAAUUCAAAUCUGCAUGUUUCAAUUCUACGUUCAUUUGUAUUGAUCUUUAUUAUAAAAUCCCAUUUACAUCACUAUUCCUUAUACAUAAAUUCUAAAUUCCUUUUUUCCACAUACUGUUUGGCUAAUCCAGCACAUCAUGGAAAGUGUAUUCUCCUGUUUUGUCCUAAUCCAGCCUCUGUCGAGCAAUCCCAGCUCUGUCUCUUCUGGGAUGGCGUGUGGAGAAGUGGAAACUAUGACAAGCUCCUGUGUGUUUGAUCACCUCUCCACCGCACUUCCCAUCCGUCCUCCCAGAGCUCUGUAUCUGAUACUUUCAUAUCAACGUUGGAUCUGGAAGCUUUCAUUCUCACUCUCCGUUCUUUUUUCUGCCAACUCCAGUUGGGAUUGAAGUUCUGUUGUUUCACUUACAAUUUUUGCUGUACAAAGUGUUUAAAAUAUUAUUUGUAUUAUAUGAUGUUAGUACGGUAAUGUUCUUUAUUAAGGAAGAAGAAAAUUUAUUUUUGUUACUGGUCUGUUUCAUAAUUCUUUUCUAAAUUGGUAUUGUAAGAUAUCUAUGCAAGAACUGUUAAGUGGAGCAUUUUUAUUUAAGAAUGUAAUAUGUGUAAUAAAUAGUAGAAUCUGGUUACAGCCCAA